AUGAAUCAUUUAUGCCAACAAGAUCAUGAACCUGCUAAUGUGUUUAUUGUUGAACAUUUUUAUGUUGGUGAGGUGUUAAUGUUAAAGAAACUUUACAAGAAUUAUUCUCAAUACUUCAAUAAAUCUUUCGCAAUCUUCUGCACUUCAAUCAUAAUGCGUGCAGAACUUGAUGUGCUCAAUCUGAUAUGA